CCCCCGCAGGCAUCUGGAAGGUUCCGGCUCGCCCGCCCCCCGCCGCCCUGACCCUCUUGCUCUAUAAAUGCUGGCGCCGGUGGCCGGCGCGCUCAGAGGGGCGGCGCCGGGACCAUGCUGGGGGCCUGGCUGCUCCUUUGGGGUUCCGUGGCCCUGGGCGGCCGGGCGGACACCGCCUUCCUCCGCCGCGCCCAUGACAGCUCCGGGCACUGCACCUACUCCUUCACGGUCGCCAGCCCCGUGGAGGCCGCCUGCCCCGAGGCUGCCGGCGGCGUGCCCGAGCUGCGGGCCGAGCUGGCCGCCCUCGCCGCCCGCCUGAGUCGGCUGGAGAGCCGGGAGCGAGGAGCGGGGGGCUCGGGGCCGCGGGGAGCCGAGCCGGGGGGCGCACGGGACCCCCAGCAAGUGGCCACGGCCUCCCGCCUGGAGGCUGCGUACGGCGAGCUGCUGCGGGCCAAGUCCCGGCUGGAGGAGGAGAAGGGGCGGCUGGAGCGGGAGAAAGAGGAGCUGGGCAGGCGGCUGGAGAGCAGCGCCCAGGAGAUCACCCGGCUGCGGGCCGCCCGCUGCCCCCCCGGCAGAGAGGGGCCCGGCCGGGACACGCUGCGUGCCCCUGCCAAGGCGCCGCGCUGGGAGCCGCAGCCCCUGAGCUACCAGGAGCUGCAGUCGGAGAGGAGCGAGGUGCCCGUGUCCCGGCUGCUGGAGGAGACGGCGCUCGGCCGCCCGGGCAAGGAGGACUCAGGCUGCGGCAAGCUGCUGUGGGUGGGAGAGCCCGUGGUGUUCGGCCGGGCGGACUCCAUCGCGGGCAAGUACGGCGUGUGGAUGAAGGACCCCGAGCCCGUGCCGCCCUUCACCCGGGACAACACCUGGCGUGUGGACACCGUGGGCACCGAGGUGCGCCAGCUCUUCCAGUACGAGGAGGCCGAGCAGCUGGCCCGGGGCUACCCCGCCAAGGUGCACAUCCUGCCGCGGCCCCUGGAGAGCACGGGGGCCGUCAUCUACCGCGGCGGGCUCUUCUUCCAGCCCCGCCAGUCCCGCUCCGUGGCCCGCUACGACCUGCGGGGAGAGACCAUCACGGCCGAGAGAGAGAUCCCCGGCGCCGGCUACCACGGGCAGUACCCCUACUCCUGGGGGGGCUACACCGACAUCGACCUGGCGGUGGAUGAGACGGGGCUCUGGGUCAUCUACAGCACUGAGAAGGCCCGGGGAGCCAUCGUCCUCUCCAAGCUGGACCCCGAGACGCUGGAGAUCCGUCGGACCUGGGAGACCAACAUCCGCAAGCGGGGGGUGGCCAAUUCCUUCCUCAUCUGCGGCACCCUCUACACCGUCAGCAGCUACUCGGCUCCCAACGCCACCAUCAACUUUGCCUACGACACCGCCACGGGCACCAGCCGGGCCCUCAGCAUCCCCUUCGAGAACCGCUUCCGCUACCUCAGCAUGCUGGACUACAACCCUGCCGAGCGGCAGCUCUUCGCCUGGGACAGCUUCAACAUGGUCACCUACCCCGUCCGCCUCUCCCGGCAGUGAGCCGAGGCUGGCGGUGCGGCGGCUCAGCCCCCGGGGCCUUGGUGCGUGCCUUGGCACCCCGCUUCCCUCCCCUUUCCCCCGGGAGCGCCGCCUCCCACAGCCUCGGGGGGUGCUGGGGGCCACACGCUGCCCAGCCACAUCGCAUUGUGCUCAAGUGCAGCAGAGAGAGACGAGGCACUGCUCCAGAGCCUGGCAGAGCCAGGGAAAUGGCUCUCACCAGCCUCGGCGGGUUUCGGAUGGGUCCCAGCAGCACCCAGCCCUGAGCUGCUCCAGCACCUCUCUGAGCACGCAGCCUGGCCACCCCGAAUGUGGAGCAGGGAGGGCUGGGCAGAGCAGGUGGUAGAAGGGCUGUGCAGGAGGACCCUGCCUUAAAAUAAACGUUUUUCCCUA